CGGGCUGGGGGGAGCAGGGGGCGCGGGUGUUGGGUUAUCGUGGCCCCCGAAAGGGUCAAGACAGCUGACUUGAGGCUGGGGUUGUGGAGAAGCUGCCCAAACAAAAGAAAACGCAGGAAGUGCUUUAAUUGGAAACUGCUUCCCGGCGUCCCUCCGUCAGACGGGUAGGAGCUGGACAAGUGGCGUUUGUCAGUCUGUUCCCCGCUAGGUUGAAGGGUGGUGCUGGUAAUCGAGUCUUUUGCCCUCCAGCUGGUAGUUCUCCUCUUUAAUUAUCUGCUUCUCAUCGUUGGUAGGUGUUAAAAUAACACACCGUGGACUUAUUGACCUUGCCAGGCUCCAUAAUGUUUGUUGCAGUGGUGAUGUGGUUAAUGGGUGCAGGUGAAGGGUCCCAUCGGCGCUCCUUGCUGAUUUUGCAGAUUAAUGCUAAGUAACUAAAAGUCUGUUUUGCUUUUGGAAGAUCAGAGCGCUGCCCAGUGUCAGUGCUUUCCAACAACCCCAUCCAGACCAGAAGUAAUCUGAAGGGCUGUCAUGGUAUUGGCAUGCUCCCAUAAACCUUAGAAACAUUAAGUAGGGGGAUAAUGAGAGAAUCAUAGAAUAGUUUGGGUUGGAAGGGACCUUCAAGAUCGUCCCAUUCUAACCCCCCUGCCAUGGGCAGGCACAUCCCACCAGACCAGGCUGCCCAGGGCCUCAUCCAACCUGGCCUUGAACACCCCCAGGGAUGGGGCAGCCACAGCUUCUCUGGGCAGCCUGUGCCAGUGCCUCACCUCUCUCAUCAUGAAGAAAUUCUUCCUUAUGUCUAGUCUAAAUCUGCCCCUCUCCAAUUUAAAGCCAUUGCCCCUCGUCCUAUCACUCACUACAAGCCUGUGUAAACAGUCCCUCCCCAACUUUCCUGUAGCCCCUUCAGGUACUGGAAGGUCUCUGUAAGAUCUCCUCAGAGCCUUCUCCAGGCUGAACAACCCCAACUCUCUCAGCCUGUCCUUGUAUGGGAGGUGCUCCAGCCCUCUGAUGGCCUUUGUAGCCCUCCUCUGGACCCAUUCCAACAGCUCCAUAUCCUUCUUGUGUUGAAGAGUCCAGAACUGGGCACAAUACUCCAGAUGAGGUCUCAAUAAUGCCACGCAGAAAGCAUGGUGGUAUAUUUCAAAUGGUUUUAUUUUUUUCAUACAGUCAGCUUCUAUAUUUUUCUUCUGUUAUUAAUUAAUUAGAUAAUUAUUUGUUGUCGUUAUACAAUGUAGAAUGGAGAUUUGUUUAUUUGCAUGUCUGCAUUAGUAUUGUAGUGUGCUAUGUCUAUAUUUUUAUGUACAUACAAUACGUUGUUUGAAUGCUUGACGUUUUGCAGUCAUGUGAGGUGGAAAACUGCCCUUAUCUUUUAAGGGCAUGUUUUACAACACUGGUUUCUGGUUUGGAUGUGUAUUUUAAUACUGCUAUAGUCAUUGCUUUGUAGCAACUGACAUAUACUGAACAUGUGUUGUCUUGUCUCCUAUGGUUUGCAUAUUUCAAGAUACAGUUGGCAGCUAGAGGCAGUUCAGUUAGAUGUUUGUUUCCUUCCCUGUCUGAGAAGCUUUGCUAUUUUGUAGUCGCUAUAUCAUUGAUUUGUCUUAUUAGUUUGAAAUUCAAAUAAAUAUUGCUUUAAAAAUAAACCUGGUGGUUCUUAUGGCUAUGGGUGAUAAAUGAUGAUAUGGGUUUAUUUUCAUUAGGUCCAGGCAAAGUAAGUAAAUCCAGGCUGGAAUGGAGCAAAAAUGUUCUUUUGUUUUUCAUUUUUCCUAUGAAAAGAAAAGCAUUGGAAGAACUUGUAUAAGGCAAAAAAUAUUUUUGCUUUUAUUGCUGUACAGAGGUAUUUUGGUCAUUUUUGUAGCUUGCUGAGCAUAUGUUUGGACCUAUUAUGAACCACUAUAUUUUUUACUACUUAUUACUUAUAAAGAUCAUUGUAGAAUUGUCUUUAUGACCUCUAUCACUGUCUCACAGGGUUUUUACCCCCCUUUUUUUUUUUCCAAUAAAAUAUUGUAAAAUAAGCUUCCUAAACCUGAUAGAAUAUAUUCUGCUAGAUUAGAAAAGUGCUGUGGCUCAUUUCAGCUGCUUGUGUUUUUUAUGUUUUCCUACAGUUGAAAGCUCUUCCUACCUAAGCUUUCUGAGGAAAAAAAUAUCAGGCAGCAAAAUAACAUUUUUUAAUUGAAUUCUUAAUGCACUCUCCUUCCCUAAAAGUAUGAGAUCAUCUCUACGGGGAAAUGUGCUUGACAGAAUAUGACAUCGUUGCAUUACCUAAACCAAGAUGAGGCAAUUCUUAGUGGUCUGCUAGAAUCAGCAUUGUUCCCCAGAGGGCGUUGCUCUUAAAUCUGACUGGUGCUUUUAGAGCAGAAAACAUUGGAGCACCUAGCAACAGAGACGAUAUCACUUUGUGGAUGUCUGUUGUUCUUUAGAGGUGACUUGGUGCGUUGAGGUGCUCGGAAAUUGAUGGAUACUAAAGUUUCCAGGAAACUUCCUGUGUACUCCUAAUUUACAUGUUACAGUUCUGAAGUCUGGAGUAAUUUUGUGAGCAAGAAGAUUUCUUGAUUACAUCAGUUGUUCAAGAUACAAAGAAAUUGUAUUCAGAGCAACCUUGAAGAUCUUUUGAAGCAACUAAAAGGCUGAUAAUUGAGAGCCAUAAUGGCAGACAGAGGAGAUGGACCGCAUUUGGGGGAUGAUCUGACAGAUGCAAAAUCUGUUCCUGGUUCCAAAGGAAAGAACCUACCUGCUAGCAAGUCUAUGGACUCUGGAAUUCUGCCAGAGUACAGUUACAGAAUGGAUUAUCCAGAGAUGGGGGAAUGCGUAAUAAUAAACAAUAAGAAUUUCCACAGACACACCGGGAUGUUACCCCGUUCCGGUACAGAUGCAGAUGCUGCAAGUGUCAGGGAAGUUUUUAUGAAGUUGGGAUAUAAAAUAAAGAUCAACAAUGAUCUUUCAUGCGCAGACAUUUUUAAAGUAUUGAGAAAGGUUUCUGAAGAAGAUCACAGCAAGCGAAGCAGUUUUGUUUGUGUGUUACUAAGCCAUGGUGAUGAAGGAUUCAUCUAUGGUACUGAUGGCCCUCUUGAACUGAAAGCACUAACAAGCCUUUUCAGAGGUGACAGGUGCAGAAGUUUAGCAGGAAAACCCAAGCUCUUUUUCAUUCAGGCUUGUAGAGGGACAGAAUUAGAUUCCGGUAUUGAGGCAGACAGUGGAUCAGAAGAAACAAUGUGUCAAAAAAUACCUGUAGAAGCAGAUUUCCUGUAUGCCUAUUCUACAGCUCCAGGAUAUUACUCCUGGAGGAAUUCAGCUGAAGGCUCCUGGUUUAUUCAGUCACUGUGCAAAAUGCUGAAGGAGCAUGCAACGAAACUUGAACUCAUGCAGAUUUUGACUCGUGUAAAUCGCAGAGUGGCAGAGUAUGAGUCCUGCUCGACUCGGCAGGAUUUUAAUGCAAAGAAGCAGAUCCCAUGCAUUGUCUCUAUGCUCACCAAAGAAUUUUACUUCCCUUCCUAAACAAAUUUCACCUUAUGAUUUUUCAGUUCAUGUUUUAUCUGUAAUUUAUAUACAAUGUUGGUAUGGAAUACCACUUCUAAAUCUGAAUUACUGUUGACUGCUGUGUGUGGCAUGAUGAACUGUCUCAAAAUUAGGUAUGUCCUUUGUUAGAAGUGAAACAUAGUAUGGCGAUGUUAGAAAUGCAAACUUGAGUAGCAGAAGCACAGGCAAAUUUGAAAAUAAUGCUCUAAGUAGCUUGAAAAAUUAGGAAGAAGAGACUGAAGAAAGGCCAAAUUACUUGUUAGAUCUAUUUGGUGCUACAUUUCACUUUGAAAGGGCAGAGAAAAGAAACAGGUCUUGUAAAUAGUUUGGUUUCAUAUCUUUGCCAAUAGGAAGGAGAUUCAGAAUAUGUUUACUAAUGAUGGUAAUACGAUAGUAGUGUUGUCACACAUUUCUUCUUAACUAGAGUUCUUGAAGUUUAGGUUAUAAACAAGCCUAAACGUGUUUUAUAACUUAAGACAUAAACUGUGGAAAACAGCCGUUUCAUUUUUUUUACAUACAAUUAGGAAGCAUGUUUAGAAUACAGUCAAUUUUUUUUCUGAUAAUUUUAUAACUUUUUUUAUUAUAUCAGCACGGUAGCUGUUUCAAAAUAAAUUUUGUAUUACUGACCUUGAAGCUGAGUGACCCAGAGUCCAAAAUUUCUUUCUCUGCAGCUCCCUACGUGGGAGCUGUUGGGGCAUGUUUGGGGCUGUAAGAAUUGGUGCAAAAAGAAGUCUACAUUCUGAAUAGUAUGCUUUCCUCUUUCUGGCCAUAAAUUGGAGUGAGUUUGUGUUGUGCAAUGUGCAUACCACAUUUUGUCUGUGUGGAAACCUAGAUUUAUGGUACUGGAGAAAUUUCACUACUUAGAUCUAAUAUCAAGUUAAUGACAAGACUUUAGCUAAAAUAUGUUAACAUAGUAAAUUUAUAUCACUUUGCUGAAUUUUGUGGAAUAGGCUUUUACCAAAUUGUAAAACAUUUUUGUAUACCUUUCAGCUUGAGGAACUCUUUUUAAAAGAUGAGAGAAAGACAGCAUAGUAAAGGGCUAUUAUGGUGCCUGCAAAACAAGACUUAAAACUCUUUGAAUUGUAUAGCAUAAACAGUGUUAGCCAAUUGAUGUUCAUUUCCAGAGGCAUUUGUGUUUUUUUUACCU